AUGCCAAGAGUGUCCCAUUCAAACAACAAGAGAACCAAGAGUGAAGGCUCUCCUUCUUCCAAUGAGCCUCAAUACGUUCAACCAACUCCCAACAAGAAGACAAAGUUUGUACAAUCCAAACUAAGAUUCGGAAGUGGCUCCUCUUCUUCAUUGUCCUCGGUUGGCCAAAAUCAUCUCUCAGUUGAUGGUGCAUCACCCUAUCAUCAUCCUCCGAUCAUGGUUCAAUCAACCUUGCACUCUUCAGGUAAUUCAGUUGUACCAACCAUAUCAUCCCAACAAGGAUACUAA